AUGGACUAUUCUCAUCCAAAUCGUCUGAUAUUGGAUUAUCGUGCAUCGGAACCAGUUUUCUUCGCUCAAAGUGAACAUUCAAAUUUAUCUGAUCCACCAUUAUCCAAGUCUCAAAUUCAACGUUCCUCGAAAUUUACAACCGCCGUUGCAGCAGCAGGAGGAGGAGCUCCAUGGAUACCUGAAAACCAGCAGCCUCAUCCUCAUGAUCCAGCAUUUGAAUCGUCUCGAUCAAGUAUGCGUCGUAAACUUAAAUUACCCGGACUUUCCAAGCAUAAACAGGUGACAAAAUUACCACGAAUGGAUGAAGUGAUUUCUCAUGUAAAAAUUACCGACCACCAACAGCUACAAAUGUGUCAAGAAGCAGAAGAACGGAUUGCAAUUUGUUUACCAAAAGCUCGAGCUGCAUGGGACGGUUCGAAACAGAUUUUUGAUGAUCCAAAGGAAUGGAAAUUACAUAGUGCAAAACCAUAUCUUGCUGUAUACAAACGCAAGGAUUAUUUACAUCAGUGUCAUGCACUUGCACAUCAAUUUGUUGCCACUGGACGGAUUCCUGGUCUUACGUUACAGGAUGUCGAGUAUGGUAAAUAUAGUGAUACGACACUGGAUGAACGCUCGAUUAAUGCGUAUUUGUUUCGGGACUACUUUCUAGAUGCUGCUGUACUUCAAGUACUAGAGACACAAACACAAGAUGAUCCGUUUCGAUUUUUUGGUAUCAAAUGGAUGGCAUUUGCAUCUCCUAGUGGACCUGCAAGGUUCUUUUCACCUAGAGACCAUGCAUACUAUGAGUAUGCCAAGACUGUCAUUACCGAAGAAGGUUACAAAGUGCUUGUCAAGGUCAUGCAAUCAGUUGGAGACGAUGUGUUACCUCCAUUACCUCAAACUGUCAUCCACGAUCGACCGGGUGAUAGCAUUGACUCGUCAAAACUGCGCUUUGUUCGUGGCCAUCUGUCAAUGAUAUCAAUGUAUGUUUUUGACGAGACAGCCAACGCCGUCAAGGUGUUUGCAGAAGGGUCGUUGGAUCCGGGAGGUCGAGCUAGUUCCUGGCUCGGAAGUGCGUUCCUUUCGCAGUUUGCGCCUGCAUUCGUGCGGAUCGAGUAUUGCGCGGACAUUAAGUACAUCAUGAAGCACGGCAUGGUCUUUCCACAUCCGCCAGCAGCAAUCAGUCACUCUCCGUCGCCACAGAGCCUUGUCAAGAGUCAGAGCACGAUGAGCGGGUCUGAGGUUACGGCACAUGGUCCUUCUGCGAUGGCAACAUCAAUGGCACCAGCUCGUGAAAUGGGGCGAAUGUCCAUUUGUCCUCAACCAAGCUGGGUGCCGGACCAUCAGCGUAAAGUGUGCUUUGUGUGCUUCAAGAGCUUUGGCAUCAUCCGGCGCCAUCGCCAUCACUGCCGUAUGUGCGGCGAGGUCAUGUGUUCUCGCUGCAUGAUUACACUCCCGCUUGUUGCACCGCCUUCUUCAGCUCCGCAAAGUGGGAGCGACGAUGAAGCUGAAGGCGUGAUCCAUUUCCACCGUUUCCAUCGGCAUGUAGACCAAAUUGAAGGUCGUCCAAUGAGUGUAUUGCUGAAGCAACCAGCCAAGAAGACUCUGGAGGAGACUCGGUCAAACGGAUAUCCAGCCGUAAACAAUGUGAAAUUGUGCAAGAAGUGCAUGUUUAGCAUUCGUCAGGAGCGUAAGGGCUCUCUGGCCGACAACGGUGGUCUGCGACCCGGACCGAUGCGUGGCUUCUUUCCGGGUGGUCGCUACGCCGCUGAUGACGAGCUCAAUCAGAACGCUGGCGGUGAUGGUCACGAUGAGGACGAUAUUGACGAAACGGACGAGGAAUACUCGGCUCGUGUUGAACGCAUGCGGCAGAUACACAUGGUGCGUGAGAGGAAGAAAAAUGUGCGUCGUAGUAUUCUUUUGUACGACGAAGACGACUUGAGCAACGGGGUAGACUCGCCGCCGGCUAGACCAAGUCAUUUGUUCAACGAAGAUGAUAGCACGUUCAAUUUCGACGAUUUCCUGCUGCCGACGCCAAAGCGUGAAGAGGGCGAUGACGAUGCUGUUAGGCAAAAUUUGCGUGGCCGUGUGCUGAGUUCUACCAACAGAAGUGAUGCAGUUCCUCUCUCGGUAUCUCGUCGACCUUCUACGGUAGCUCGCCAGUCGGAGAGCAGCUUGAAGCUUCGAUCGUUGUCCAUUCCGGACCAAUUGGAACAGGUAGAGCGAUCAAUCGCACAGCAGGAGGCGUUGAUCCGAUCAAUUACGGAGCAGCAAAGCAAGAUGGCUCGUUCGCCGGAAGAUGAUACCUUUGCAAAGACGAUAGCAGCUACGACUGCUGGAGACAUUUCGUCAGAAGCACGGUCUUCCUUGUUUUAUCCUGGGUCGACUCAAACUGCGCCGACACCAAGAGACGACGAAUUGAUCACUCCGCUCUCUUUGCGCUUCUUAGAUUGA